AGUGCGCUGCAGCCCGGAGCUGCGGUCACCGCCGGGUCUCUCUCGGUGAGUGCCUGUGUCCCUUCACCGCUCGCCCGUCCCGGGGUGAGUGUGAAUUUGCUCCAAAGGGCGCAGGUACUUGGCGGCGGUGCUGCCCAUGGCCCGGCCGGAGAGAGGAUUGAGGGCGCCGGACCGGCUGGACGGGUACGCGACUCAGGUGAGCGCGGAGCGUGAGGGGUGAGGGCUGCCUAGGCACCUUCUUCUGGUAUUCCGACUAACUCAAGUGCAAAGCCCAAGGUGAGAUAAGGCUAAAGCAGGUAGAACACACUCCACUGGAGGCAAGACUCGGGGUUAUCUGAUUCUCCUGUCUCCUGCUCCGAAACCUCACCUCUAGAAUUCGCGAGAUGGACUAUAAGUAAUUGGCAACUGGAGAUACUCAUGUUCCAGUAAUCAAGAGGGAGCCUUGCUGCUACUUCAUGAUCCAGGCGCGUGUGGCCCAGUGAAGUCCCUGAGCUGUACAGCAUGACCUUGCUGCUCCUGGGUGCGGUGCUGCUGGUGGCCCAGCCCCAGCUUGUGCAUUCCCACCCGGCUGCUCCUGGCCCGGGGCUCAAACAGCAGGAGCUUCUGAGGAAGGUGAUUAUUCUCCCAGAGGACACCGGAGAAGGCACAGCAUCCAAUGGUUCCACACAGCAGCUGCCACAGACCAUCAUCAUUGGGGUGCGCAAGGGUGGUACCCGAGCCCUGCUAGAGAUGCUCAGCCUGCAUCCUGAUGUUGCUGCAGCUGAAAACGAGGUCCAUUUCUUUGACUGGGAGGAGCAUUACAGCCAAGGCCUGGGCUGGUACCUCACCCAGAUGCCCUUCUCCUCCCCUCACCAGCUCACCGUGGAGAAGACACCCGCCUAUUUCACUUCGCCCAAAGUGCCUGAGAGAAUCCACAGCAUGAACCCCACCAUCCGCCUGCUGCUUAUCCUGAGGGACCCAUCAGAGCGCGUGCUGUCCGACUACACCCAGGUGUUGUACAACCACCUUCAGAAGCACAAGCCCUAUCCACCCAUUGAGGACCUCCUAAUGCGGGACGGUCGGCUGAACCUGGACUACAAGGCUCUCAACCGCAGCCUGUACCAUGCACACAUGCUGAACUGGCUGCGUUUUUUCCCGUUGGGCCACAUCCACAUUGUGGAUGGCGACCGCCUCAUCAGAGACCCUUUCCCUGAGAUCCAGAAGGUCGAAAGAUUCCUGAAGCUUUCUCCACAGAUCAACGCCUCGAACUUCUACUUUAACAAAACCAAGGGCUUCUACUGCCUGCGGGACAGUGGCAAGGACCGCUGCUUACACGAGUCCAAAGGCCGGGCGCACCCCCAGGUGGAUCCCAAACUACUUGAUAAACUGCACGAAUACUUUCAUGAGCCAAAUAAGAAAUUUUUCAAGCUCGUGGGCAGAACAUUCGACUGGCACUGAUUUGCCGUCUCCUAGGCUCGGGACUUUUCCUGUUGUUAACUUCUGGUGUACAUCUGAAGGGGGGAGGAAAAUAAUUUUAAAAAGGCAUUUAAGCUAUAAUUUAUUUGUAAAACCCACAAAUGACUUCUGUACAGUAUUAGAUUCACAGUUGCCAUAUAUAGUAGUUAUAUUUUUCUACUUGUUAAAUGGAGGGCGUUUUGUAUUGUUUUUCAUGGUUGUUAACAUUGUGUAUAUGUCUCUAUAAUAUGAAGGAACUUAACUAUUGCACUGAAAAAAUAAGAGAUUUUUUUUUUCUGGAGACCUCUUUUUUUGUUGUUGUUGUUUUAAAUAUAAUUAACCUGCCUCCAAUCCAAAAUAGCUCUUUGUUUUCACCUCCUUGUCAAAUCUAUAAUCUUUUUCUGCUUAAAAAAAUUUAUUGGUAUUAUGGA